GACUGACGGGGUCAGGUGCCGUCAUGGCUGCUGAGGAGGCAGAGGUGGAUAUCGAAGGGGACGUGGUGGCGGCGGCGGCAGCGGCGACACUGUCAGGAAAUGAUGAAAAUAAAGCAUCACUUUUACAACAAGAUCACUAUCUGGAUUCAUCCUGGAGAAAUGAGAAUGGCCUUAUUCCUUGGACUCUGGAUAGCACCAUCAGUGAAGAGAACAGAGCUGUCAUUGAGAAAAUGUUGUUGGAAGAAGAGUAUUAUUUAUCUAAAAAAUCAUUUCCAGGAAAAUUCUGGCUUGAUAAAAAGGAAGAUAAUAAAAAACAAAUGAACAGUCUGCAGAAAACAGCAAAAAUCAUGGUACACUCUCCUACAAAACCAGCCAGUUACUCAGUAAAGUGGACGAUAGAAGAAAAAGAGCUGUUUGAACAAGGGCUGGCUAAAUUUGGUCGAAGGUGGACCAAAAUUGCAAAGCUAAUUGGAAGUCGCAGUGUUUUACAAGUGAAGAGUUAUGCCAGACAAUACUUUAAAAAUAAGGUAAAGUGGAGUCCGGAGAAAGAACCUCCAAAUCAGAAGAGCAGCAGUGAUCAUCAGGUUAAAACUGAAGAUAAAGGGACAAAGGCAUGGACACAAUCCUUUUUAAGGGGACGUGCUGAUCCCAACCUGAAUGCCGUAAAAAUUGAAAAGUUAUCUGAUGACGAAGAAGUAGACAUCACAGAUGAGUUGGAUGAGUGGGCUUCUCAGACAUCACAUAAGAAUUGUAGCAGUGGUACCUCAUUAGACAUUCCUAAUAAUAAAACACAUGAAUUCAGUCAAGAAGUCAGAAGCCAGGAAGUUCCCUUUUGUAAUUCUUCCAGGGAAUAUCUUCAGAAUAUAAAACAAGAAGAGAUGAAAACACUUUCAAGCUCAGAAAUUACAUUAUGGACCAAAAAACAGAGCAACAUUGACAAUAACUCAGCUGACAUAAAUGAUCAGAAAUGCAAUGAACUGAUUAAAAAUUGUGACAAGCAAGGUGGAAAUGGAAUAGAUGAUGCCAGGCAGUGUGCUUUUCCAGAGCCUUGUGAAAUUCAGAAAGAUUUUAGUGAUAAUGAUACGCUUUUUCAUUCUUCUUGCCAAAUGGCAGAGGAAAACCAUGAGGAAGAAGAGCUUAAGCCACCAGAACAAGAAGUAGAAAUAGAUAGAAAUGUCAUACAGGAAGAAGAAAAACAAGCAAUUCCUGAGUUUUUUGAGGGGCGCCAAGCUAAAACACCAGAACGCUAUUUGAAAAUUAGAAAUUACAUUUUGGAUCAGUGGGAGAUAUGCAAACCGAAAUACUUAAAUAAGACCUCAGUACGUCCUGGCCUGAAGAACUGUGGGGAUGUUAAUUGUAUUGGACGGAUUCAUACAUACCUCGAGUUGAUAGGAGCAAUCAAUUUUGGAUGUGAACAGGCUGUAUAUAAUAGACCACAACCAGUUGAUAAAGUACGAAUCAGAGACAGAAAAGAUGCAGUAGAAGCAUACCAGCUUGCCCAGCGUCUGCAGUCUAUGCGUACAAGGAGACGAAGGGUUCGAGAUCCAUGGGGAAACUGGUGUGAUGCGAAGGACUUAGAAGGACAAACAUUUGAGCAUCUCUCUGCUGAAGAGUUGGCAAAAAGAAGAGAAGAGGAAAAGGGCAAACCUGUUAAAUCUUCAAAAGUGUCAAGAUCAACAAAAAGCUCAUUUGAUCCCUUCCAGCUGAUACCUUGUAAUUUUUUCAGUGAAGAAAAGCAGGAGCCAUUUCAGGUGAAAGUGGCUUCAGAAGCACUUUUAAUAAUGGAUUUGCAUGCUCAUGUUUCUAUGGCAGAAGUAAUUGGUCUGUUAGGAGGAAGAUACUCAGAAGUUGAUAAGAUAGUUGAAGUCUGUGCAGCAGAACCAUGUAACAGUCUGAGUACAGGACUGCAGUGUGAGAUGGAUCCUGUAUCACAAACACAGGCCUCAGAAACCUUGGCUGUUAGAGGUUACAGUGUUAUUGGGUGGUAUCAUUCUCAUCCUGCAUUUGAUCCUAAUCCUUCCUUACGAGAUAUUGACACACAAGCCAAAUACCAGAGUUACUUCUCCAGAGGAGGUGCAAAGUUCAUUGGGAUGAUUAUUAGUCCCUAUAAUCGAAAUAAUCCUUUACCAUAUUCCCAGAUUACCUGCCUGGUUAUAAGUGAGGAAAUUAGUCCAGAUGGCUCAUAUCGUUUACCUUACAAAUUUGAAGUACAGCAGAUGUUAGAAGAACCUCGGUGGGGAUUAGUGUUUGAAAAGACAAGAUGGAUAAUAGAAAAAUACAGGCUCUCCCAUAGCAGUGUCCCCAUGGAUAAAAUCUUUCGCCGGGAUUCUGACCUGACUUGUUUGCAGAAACUUUUGGAGUGUCUGAGGAAAACUCUGAGCAAAGUAACUAAUUGCUUCAUUGCUGAGGAAUUCUUGACUCAAAUAGAAAAUUUGUUCCUUUCCAAUUACAAAAGCAAGCAAGAAAAUGGAGUGACUGAAGAGACUGUGCAAAGCAAUUUUUAAUGUAAUUAUUAAAGUAAGACAUUUUAAUCGCUACAAAAUAGGUCCUACUUUUAAAGUUAUAACCUUGACAUGACUGUAAUUUAACUGUGGCAUGACUUUGAUAUUUUUCUCUAGUGGACAAAAAUCUACACUUUUCCACAUAAAUUUAUGAAAAGGAAGAGAUAUGGACUUGUUUUCAUAUAGUGGUUAUUAGAGUAUUGCGUAAACCAGGGCCUACCACAGUGUUCCUGUCCUUUAUCAAGCAGUGCAGUAGACUAUGAAAACUUAUGCAGGUGGUCUGCUUUACUGUUAAAUAUUCAUAUUGAUAAGUGGAAUAUCCCUACUUUUUGCUUUUUCCCUGAACUAGUCACUUUUUUUCACUUGGGCAUUUCAUAUCUCAUUAGAAGCACUUCCAUUCUUUGCAUAUGUUCUGGUGAGAUUUGAGUAUUUGUUAUUGGGAUUGCAAAUGAGAUAUGGAUGGGUGGUCACUGAGAUAAUUAACAUAGUGGAGAAUUAUGAUUAAUAAAUAACAGCAUGCUGUAAGGGAACCAGGAGAGGCAUGAGGAGAAAACCUUAAAAACCAACAGAAGAAACCAGAGAAAGAGAAUUAAAUUACCAGGGUUUGGUUUUGGUAUUUUGUUUUGUUUUGUUCAAUUUUUCCCUCCCUUUGGUACUAGGGAUCAAACCCAAGGCUAAAUGCAUGUUAGGUCAGUGCUCUACCACUGUGCUGUAUCCUCAGUCCUAAAUUGCGGUUUUUAAUCAUAGAUAUUUGAUUCCAUUGUGUUUUGUAAAAGCCAAUCAUACUUUAGAAUAUACAGUUUUCUCAAUUUUCUGAAAUGUUUAUGGAUUUCACAUGCAUAAAAUAAUUAACUCCAAUUAUAUGUUCACUUUCCAUUAGUCUGUGAUAAAACAUCUUACUAGAUCUGGUCAUUUUAAUAACCCUCAAACAAGACUUUUUUCCUCCACUGUGUACUGUCAGAAGAAAGAGAUAAAUUACAAUAAAGUCUAAAUAGAGAUUUAACUUUUAGAAGCAAAACAAGCAAAAAAACCUUCAAGUAUCUUUACAUAUUCCACCCCAGUUUCAUGUCCUUUCUGAAUGGAGGCCAGCAGACCUUUGUCUUUUCUUUUUUAUGAAUUUAUAGGCAAAGCUUUAAUUGAAAAGAAAAGAGGGGGAGAAGGGUCUUCACUUCAAGGUGAAAGAGAUAGCCCUGACUCAGAGAACAGUCAAAAUUCAGCAAACUUUUAUAAUGUAAAGGACUAGUUAGUAUAUAAUUUCAGCUCUUUGGCUACGUGUGGUCUCUGUGAGACUUUCUUCAUAUUUUUUAAUAACAUUUUUAAAAUGUAAAACCAUUCUUAGGUCAUAUCUUUCACACAAAACAGGCUGCAGAUCUAGAAAACUGCAAACUUUCAAAUUUAGUGUUAGAUUCUUGAGUCUAAGACACCAUUCAAUCUGCUUCAUCUUUGAACAACCACAAAACUUAGAAUUUUUAUCCACUUAAGUUUUCAAAUGAAACAAGCAUUAUGCUGCCUCAUUUAUUGAAAUUUAAUAGAUUUUAGUUUAUUUCCAUUGAGCAGAGAAUUGAUUUAUAGCUAUUUUCCAGGCAUAUUAUUAACAGUUAUUAUAUCUAGAGUGGAUGUGAUUCCGUAUUUUUGCUUUAUUUGGUUGUAAUCAUUAGCCAAGGAAUAAUAAGGCAGUAUUGAAAGAAGCAGCUUUGCAGUUUUAGGUUGUCUGAAUCUUGUCUCAACCUUGUGAUUUUAGGGAAGUAUAGUUAAUCUUCUCUUGGCCUAACUUCUUAUGUGUAGCCAAGGUCCAAAUUAACUUCCUGGUAUCCUUCCAGGUCUAAAAUUUUAUGAUUUAUUUUAUUUGUUGGACUACUUAUUUUAAAUUUUAUAUUUUGAAAUUGUGCAGUUUUCAAAUUAACAUUUUAAAAGAAGAGUGGUAGUUUUUCUCUGUGGAUUUAGGAUAAAUGAUAAGACAAAACUUAUAAAGAUAAAUACCUUAAGGGUUAGAAAUGUAAGAAUGCUAGACUAAAAAUCACAAAAUCUGAUUCUUACCCUAAUUCUGCUAGCAGAUUUGCCAUGUGACUUAAAUCACAUCCCUUUCUGAGCCCCAGUCUCUUCAGUUGUAAAUUAAGGGUAUGAAUUUUAAAUGACUUUGGUUUUCCCUUCAAGCACAAGAAGUAUAUGAUUCUAUGAAAGGCAAUAAUUAGUUUGUGCUCAUCUUCCUUUGGAUCUGUUUCCCCAUUACACAUGGAGGAAUGGACACUAGAAAGUGGUAAUUUUUAGCUCCCUUGAUUGAUAUAUAUCCCUAUAAUACUGAUGAACUUGGAUGAUAGAAAAUGUUAAAAGUACUGUUCUCAAUUCUGGGCCUCCUAAAUGUCAAUGAUUAACCAUAUUUACUAAUCAAGCCAUACUAUAAGGAACUCAAGGGUGGUAAUUGGUUUAGAGCCUUGAAAGAACAAUUUAAAAAAUAAUUUUAAAACAGUAUUUAUAGCAUUAGUAUUUAUGUUGAGUACUUUUAUCUUAUAAAAUAUUUUUUAAAUACAGAGAAAUAUACAGAAAAUUUACUGUUUUUCUCCUCUCCUUUGCUAGUCAUUCUGCUUGCUUCUUUAUUCUCUUCUCAUAUUCUUAACACACUGCCAACUUUAGGCAGUUGCAGCCAUGGAUUUGGAGAAGCAAAGAGGAAAUCUAGAAUUGAGAGAGCAUGUAAUAUAGGAAAUUCAGGAGACAGACUCCAAAAGAAAAACCUGCCCCUAAUAAUGUUUGCAGAAGUGGAGACAGAACUCAAAAAUAUCCCAGUCUCUUCAUCCUGAGUCUGUUAUUUAAUAUUAUUGCACAUGAUUAUAACAUAAUGAGCUUAACUUUGUUUCUUGUUCUAGCUUGGCUGUAAAUACUUCUAUUAGACAACUUUCUUUAAAAAUUUAAUUCCAAAGAAAUAGUCAAAACAAGAAAAAUCAGUGAAAGAUCAGGAAGAUCAAACUCUCUUUCUCUUCUCCCCUCCAUUAUUUUAACCUUAAACCAUUCGUCUCUAAUCUUUUUAAAUGAUCUUCAGUUUCCAUUUCUACAGUUGGUUAGAUCCUAUAAUCAGAGCUAUCUGGUGAUUUUUCUUGGCCCCAGGUACUUUGCCUUCUUGCAUCCCUUCUUCCAUACAAAAUUUAAAACUAUUUUAAAGCUAUGUUUGUAUAAAAUGAAUUUAUUUAUAUUUAGGUUUAAAAUGUUUCUUUUAGUCUUAAAGCUCCGCUUUUUUUUUUCUCAUGAAGUUAAAAAAAUAUUAAAACAUUUUUGUGGGCUUUUCAAAAUAUUGUGAACCUGAGGCAUUGCAUUGGCUGGGUUGACCCUGUCUGUGUUCUGAAGGUAUCACUGGGCUAGAGUAGUCAUUGCCACCCCACCCAAGAGCACUGCAGUUCCCACUGUUAAAGGUUGAUAGACUUGAACUUCAUAGGAAUGGAGUUGGGUUAUGAAGAAUCCCAAUCUAACCAAAACUCAGCAGUACUGCUUGAGAACACUCAUCUUCAAAAAAGAGAUAGAAGGCAAGUAGUUAAUUUUAGUCAUUAGAUCGGUGGUUUUAUGUUGGUCCUUAAUCUAGUUUUAAGACUUGUGCCACACCUAAGGAGAGCAUCCUACUGCCUUUUUUUCCGCCUCACUUUUCCCAAGUCCUUUCCUUUAUCCUCGCUUCCUCUACCAAUUACCUCUUAUAUGAACAAGAUCUUUUAUUGAAAGCUACUCCUAUACAAUAAAGAUGAAUAGACGUAUUCAUAUUUCCCUGAAAUUGUUUUAGUGCUGCCUCAACCUUCUCUCCAGAAUGUUCUUCCUUCCCCAGCCACAGGAAUGUCUGUGACACGCACUCUAAGCCCCAUCAGAAUCUCUGCAGCUCUUUGGGCAGCAGAGGAGACUAUGGCCUCAACAUAUCAAGCUGAGCCAGCCUCUUGUUCUUUAACUUCUUCCCACUUACCUUGCUGGGUCCUAAAAAGGGAGCUAAAGGAUGAGUUGCUACAGUCAGAAAACCUAGAAUCGGUGCUCUGUCCUGUGCCCAAAAAAGAGCUGUGCCCAAAAAAGAGCCAUGUCAUCUGGCCUAAUUUGUAGCUUCCUAUCCUCAAGUCAUCAGCGGCAUCGAGCUGAUGGCCUUCUCAGUGGGAAUGAAUCAAGGCAGUGUACCCACAUUUUGUUUUUCACCAACAUUCUCCUCUACCAAUAAUAACUAGAGACUAAAUCUAGUGUCACACAGUAUGGCAGUAAGAAAAACUUCUUUCAGUGAAGCACCCAAUGCAGCACACACAUUUUGAUAAUCAUGUGCUCCAUCAAGAUUAACAAAACCUGGGCUGGGGAUACAGCUCAGUUGGUAGAGUGCUUGCCUUGCAAGCAUGAGGCCCUGGGUUCGAUCCUCAGCACCGCAAAAAAAAAAAAAAAAAAAGAUUUACAAAACCUGAACGAAGAGAUUUGAUCCACA